AUGGAGAUGGAUGUAGCGCAGAAAUUAAAUUUCGAUGCCGAGGAUUUUGAAGACGAGGAGCUGAAUAUCAGCUGUCGCACAAAUAGUUCCGGAUGCGAUGUUGAAGAUCACCUCGAUUCUUCUGCCGAAGAAUUUUCUCCGUCUCCACGUCAAAGAAAAUUAUCAUUUGAACAUUCCAUGGAUUGCAGUGACAGUGAAAGUAAUGCUACCGAUAAUAUUAUCGAUUGUAAAACAACCCCGGCCGUAAUUGUGACAGGUCCUAUGGGAAUUAGGAACCCCUACAGAGAGAGUAAUCCUCAGUCAAGAACUGUAUUGGCAUGUAGUCCUCCUUACAAAAGAGUGAGAGCUCUCAGGUUAUUUGAUUCGCCAGCAACACCAAAAACUUUGGUAGAAAAAAGCACAAUGCACACUCCGGUCCCGACAAAAUGUACUAGGCUAUUUCCGCCUGAUAAGCCGAGGUCUAUGUCCUCUGGGUUCCUUUUAAAGCCGGAUAAGCCUACGGCUAAUGUUAAUCCAUUUACUCCCAAUGGCAUGUUAAUUACCGCUCGGAAACGAAGCCGGUCCAAGCGCAGCCUCAUUGGAUCGCCAGAUAUAAGGAUACCCAAAUUCGAUCUUACGGAUUCCGGAGAGUCAGACCAUGAAGGAGAGCACCCGACAAAGCGGCUGGCGCUUCAAGAAUCCAAUAUCCCACGAUAUCAUCAGGAAUUCCUUGAAGAAGGACUAAUUGGCGCUGGUGAAUUCGGGUCAGUGUAUAAAUGCAUAAAUAGACUUGACGGCUGUGUGUACGCGAUUAAGAAGAGUUUGAAGCCGGUGGCUGGUAGUGUUUGUGAAAAGACUGCUCUUAAUGAAGUAUACGCACAUGCUGUGCUCGGUAAACAUCAACAUGUUGUACGGUACUACUCGGCUUGGGCAGAAAAUAAUCACAUGAUUAUACAGAAUGAAUAUUGUAAUGGAGGUAGUUUGGCUGACGUUAUUGUCAGGAAUAAAAUGGAAGGUAGAUCAUUUUCAGAGCCUGAGUUGCGUCAGUUACUACUUCAUGUUGCCGAGGGCUUACGGUACAUACACAGCAUGCAACUCGUACAUAUGGACAUUAAACCCGGUAAUAUAUUUAUUACUAAGGAGAAGCCGAUGCAUUCUGUUAAUUACGACUCUGCUGACGAUGGUUUCGAUGAAGAAGAGACUGUCGAGGAGGAAAUAACGUAUAAAAUUGGUGAUUUAGGACAUGUUACCUCUAUUAAUGACCCUCAAGUCGAAGAAGGAGACUGUAGAUAUUUACCCACGGAAAUAUUACAAGAAAAUUUUUCGCAUCUCACCAAAGCUGAUAUUUUUGCAUUAGGUUUAACUGUUUACGAAGCGGGAGGAGGCGGUGAAUUACCAAAAAACGGUCCCGUGUGGCAUGAAAUCAGAAAGGGAAAUUUGAAAGAACUACCUCAAUACAGCCGAGAUUUUAAUGAUUUAUUAAAGUCAAUGGUUCAUCCCAACCCAGAGUCCAGACCAUCGGCACUUUCCUUAAUCCAGCAUAGAGUGUUAUGCCCUGUUGGAAACAAAACCAAAGCUCAACUACGUCGUGAAUUGAAUGCCGAAAAAUUGAAGAAUCAAAUCUUGACACAACAACUCCAAGAAGCUGCUAAAUGUAUAAAAAAAAUAGCGCCGAAUGUCGCAGCCUUUACCAACAACAACAACAACUUGAAUUCCGGUGGCUAUCAACUACGACAGACAGCGACAAGAGCGUCAACACGGGCUUUGGGAAAGAAAGUUAAUCGUAGCAGUAGUACAACUAAUUUUUAA